CGGCUGAGUCUAGCUUAACCGUUGUGCUUUCCACGUUCAGAUUUUGACUCGCGCCAGUCUCUCUUUCUCUCUCUCAGAAACACACACACAUAGCUGAUCCGCAAUCUCCUCCCUAUAGAUACAGAUUCUGCAUCAAGAGCUCUGCUUCAUCUUCAAUGGUGGAGCUCAUUUUUUUCUGCAUACUUGUUGGUCGAUAUGUCUCAAUCGAAUUUCAAAACCUAAAUCGAGAAAUUGGUAACAAAAGGGGAAAAUGCUGCGGCGUUCUUCGUUUAGGGGCGGGAAUUCGCGCCCUGAAAAUCACGGCCAAAAUUUCCUAGCUAUGACAGCAAGCCUCUGUUUCAGCGUCUUCGUUACCGGCGUCGUGAUUUUCACUACAAUCGCCGCGACCUACAAUUCCGAGGAGCCGUUUCUCCGGCCUGUCUCAGAGAUCUCGGAUUUCCUCUCAUCUGAAUCAAAUUCGGCUGAUCGGACGGCGUUGAUCGACACCAGAGACGUGGAAUCCGUGGUGGAAGAGGCAGGGUUCACGGAAUUCUCUGAUAGCGGCAGCUGCCGCGUUGAUGAGCCGAUCAAUUGCCGCGAUCUCGAGGUUUUUCAUCUGUUGAUGACAGCAGCGAUUGACAAGUUCAAGGACGUGCAUUUCAACCGGUUUGGGAAGCCGGUGGAAGGGGAGAAUGGGAGCUCCUGCCACAUGGCGUGGAGGUUUAGGCCGAAAGAGGGAAAAGCGAUUGGGUUUAAUAAGGAUUAUCGUAGUUUUAGGGUUUUGAGGUUUGAUAACUGCACACUGAGCGUGGUUGGAAUUGGGGGUUAUCAUUCCGGUGGCAAUGCGAGGAAGAGGAAAGGGAAGGGGAAAAUCGAAAAGGUUCGAUCAACAGAAGUUGGGUUUGGGAUGAAGGAAGAAUCAUUCCGGCGGGGGAAGUAUUUGGUUUAUGUAGGUGGUGGUGAGAGGUGCAAGAGCAUGUGGCAUUAUAUGUGGAGCUUUGUUUGUAUGUUAGGCGAGGCGGAGUUCUUGAACCGGACUCUGGUUUUUGACACGAGCAUAUGCUUGUCGAAGAUGCACUCGUUAUCUGGGGUGGAUGAGGAGGGGAAGGAUUUCAGAUUCUACUUUGAUAUGGAGCAUUUGAAGGAAGCAUCCUCUGUGGUUGAUCAAGCUGAGUUCUGGCCGAAUUGGGAGAAGUGGGGCGGAUUGAAGCUCCGUUUAGUGGAGGAUUUUAGGGUUACACCAAUGAGGCUAGCUGAGGCGAAGGAGGGUUUGAUCAUGAGGAAGUUUGGGGCAGUUGAGCCGGAUAACUUCUGGUACCGGGUAUGUGAAGGUGAGGCGGAUGGUGUGAUGAAACGGCCAUGGCAUAAGGUUUCUAAGGCGAGGCCGUUGCUAGAUAUGGCCUCUGUGAUUGCAUCAAGAAUGGGGUGGGAUUAUGACAGUGUUCGCGUUGAGAGAAGGGGGAAGGUCAAGAACAAAAAGAUAUGGCCUAAUCUUGAUCAUGACACUCAUCCAGAAGCUGUGAUGGCUGCUUUGAGAGGGAGAGGGGUGGAGGAUGGGAGGAAGGUCUACGUUGCUACGGAUGAGGGAGAGGCGGUGUUCGUUGAUCCGAUGAAGGAGAGGUACGAGGUUCACUUGCUUGAGGAACACAGAGAUCUGUGGGGUGGGGAUAGCGAUUGGUACUAUGAAACGACGAGGAUGAACAACGGGAGCAAGGUGGAGUUUGAUGGAUACAUGAGGCAGAUGGUUGAUGGAGAAGUGUUCUUGAGAGGGAAGAAGAAGAUUGAGACGUUUAAUGAUCUGACUAGAGAUUGUAGGGAUGGUGUCAACACAUGCUAGUUUGUUUAAAGAUGAAAUUGCUAUGUUAAUGUUUGUAGUCACAGAUACACAAAGUUUUAACUUGAUGGAAAAAAUCAGUAUCAUUUUGGUGCA